UAACAUUUAGAAUCUAUGAUAGAAUUGUUUCUCUUCUGACCCACUAACAUUUCAAUGUUUAAUUGGUGACAGUCAGAGACUUGUGACUGAAAUAAGAAGCUGUGAAUAUCUGAGUUCUUACUUAACAGAAAGAGAGUCUAUCAAAGAAAAACUGGUUUAAAACAUAGUUUAACAAUCAGAUUUAAAAUGGUUUUCCUUACUGAUGGUACCCUAAUGACAUGGGAGGAGAUUAAACACUAUAUUCCACAUGUCAAGAAUCAAGCAAGAAUGCAGUUUGUUCAUCAGUAUAAGAAAUAUAAGGACCUGAAGAACUGUCCAUUUUACUGGGGCGAUGAGAUCGAAUAUACAAUGUUACAAUUUGACCAUGAAAAACGAAUUGUCCAGUUACUUUUGACUUCUACAACUUUACUUGAAUCUUCUGAAGUAAAAGCAAUUGAAUCAAGUGAAUGGUCUCCAGAAUAUACCGAAUAUAUGAUUGAAGGCAAACCCAGGAAUCCUUUUGGUAAUUCCAUCACUGAUUUGAAUUGUAUAGAAGAACAUUUCAAAGAAAGACGCAAAUCAAUUAAACCCCUCCUGGGCCCAGACCAAAUUCUCCUGACCAUAACAGCUUUUCCUAGAUUGGGCUGCCCUAACUUCACUUUUCCCUCUUAUGAAGCAGACAAACAUGCAACUGAACUUCACCAAUCAGUUUUCAUAGCAGAUGCUGCACUGUGUUGCCAGAUUGAGUACUUCAUGUGA